AUGUCUUCCCACGAGGUGUGUCCACCCACGUCCUGCGGCCCCACGCCGCUGGCCAACAGCUGCACUGAGCCCUGUGUCCGGCAGUGCCAGGACUCCACCUACGUGAUCCAACCAUCCCCUGUGGUGGUCACCCUGCCCGGGCCCAUCCUCAGCUCCUUCCCCCAGAACACCGCCGUGGGAUCCUCGGCCUCCGCCGCCGUGGGCAGCACCCUCAGCUCCGAGGGGGUCCCCAUCAACUCAGGGAGCUCCUCCUCAGGAUUUGGGGGGUUGUUUGGGGGAUUUGGGUACAGCCGGCCCUCCCGCCGCUAUGGCUCCCGCUUUGGGGAGCCGUGCUAA